GUUAGCAAAAUAUCAUUCAACAUUUCAACCAAAAAGUAAGUGUGAUCAAAGUAACAAAAAUAGGAAACGAAAAACAGAUCAAACAUCAAGUAUCAAGACAAAUUAAGAUGGGUUCUCUAAUGGCAGGAUGGGACUGCCUAGCCCAGGAUCCAAAAUAUGUGAAGCUGAUGAGAAAUAAGUCAUUAACCAAAAACGGGAUUGAAGAUUACUGGAAACUCAAGAAGAAAACAGAAGAUGAACAUCUUAAAGCCAUUUCUCCUGACCUUCAAGAGAGAUUAUUUGAAGAAUGUGGUUCAAAUGAGCUCAAAAGAACGAAUUCGUUACCAAUUAUUGGUAGAAAGAGUGGUAAACUGAUGUUAGGCAAGGAGUCCGAUGCGGAUCCUCAACAUCUUAAAAAUGGCUGGUGGACAAGAAGCAAUUGGGCAUUCCUUAAUGAGCCACCAGUAAUACAAGGAGAAGUGCCUAAUUAUAAGUAUGCCUCACAGUAUCAUAUUGCCACCUUAGCCUCCACAAAUUAAUUUAACCCCAAGUUGUUGGAGAGUUUACUCUAUCUUAAUCAAUGUACUUACGUACUAGAUCUUGUAUCUUUUAAGGGUGUCAUGUAAGCGUUCAUAGACUUUCUUUUUAGUUUAUAGUUAUAAAUCUUAUAGAGUUAUAGCUACUAAUAGAGUUAUGGUAUACGAAGUAUGUAUCAUGUGUGUGUUUGGUGCACCGAGUUUGUAAGUUGUAACGAUAUUUUAUAAAGUACUAUGUGUCUUGUUGUGUUUGUAAACAUUUUAAGUACUACGUGUCAUAAUUAAGUCCCAUGUACAUUAAGAA